GUUUGUGGUCAGUGUCCAUCCCCCUGGGCUCCCGCGUUUCCGGAGCUGACGCCACUCCGGCCGUAUAAAAGGUUUGGGUUCCGAGGAUCCCGCCAGUUCCUUUGGCUUCUCCGUCGCUCGCCAGGACCGGUGACCCGCUUUUUCCCAGCUUUUUCCCAGUUUUUUCCUGCUGCCCCAGCACCUCCCCGAGAUGUCCUACUACUACGAGCAGUGCAAGCAGCCCUGCCUGCCCCCUCCCUGCCUGCAGAAGUGCGCCAAGUGCCCGCAGCCCUGCGCCACCCAGUGCGUCGAGGUCUGCCAGGCCCCCUGUGCCACCCAGUGCCCCACCACCUGUGUCACCCAGUGCGUGGAGCCCUGUGCCACCCAGUGUGCCACCACCUGCGCCCCGCAGUGCGUGGACGUCUGCGCCAAGCCCUGCUCCAGCCAGUGCGUCGAGGUCUGCGCCCCGCAGUGCGCCGACGUUUGUGCCACCCAGUGUGCCACCAGCUGCGCCCCUCAGUGCGUGGACGUCUGUGCCACCCAGUGUGCCACCAGCUGCGCCCCUCAGUGCGUAGAUGUUUGUGCCACCCAGUGCUCCACCAGCUGCGCCCCUCAGUGCGUGGACGUCUGUGCCACCCAGUGCCCCGCCCAGUGCCCCGAGCCUUGUGUCACCAAGUGCGUGGAGCAGUGCCAGGCCGAGGUUUGCAGCACCAAGUGCGUGGAGUCGUGCGAGGCCGUGUGCCUGGAGCCCUGCUCCCACCCCUGCUGAUCCCCGGGCCCCGACGGCGGCUCCGGUGACCGCGAGGAGCCGAAGCCGCGGGUUCGGGAUGGAAAACUCGGCUCAGACCCAUCGGCAACGCGACGUCCUGCUCUGAUCGUCCCACCUUGUCUUCGUCCUGGGAAACGUUUCCUCUCUGAGUGCUCCCUGUGUUUUCUCUUCUGCUCCUGCCAUCCCAGCCUUUUCCCGCCGGUAUUCCCAAUAUUUUAGCGUUGGGAAUCCCAGGGAGCGCUGUCAGCAGCUGGUGGUGGAAGAGGUCGAUGUUUUUCCCUUCCCGUUCUCCUCUUGUCUCUUCUCAGUCUUGUAAAUCCUCUGUGCAGCAAUAAAAAAUGACCAUCGAUGGCA